UGAGGAAAACAUGAUCACUCUAAGAGGAAAAUUAAAAAAAGAUGGUGACUUAACGAAUUCAAAAAGCAAAGAUUAUAACAAACGCAUUUCUGUUCGUGAUAAAUUAUUGAUCAAAGAGGUUCAAGAAAUGGAACAAAAUUUACCUACUACCUGUCAAGUUACAUUUAACGAUCCACAUUGUCUUCAUGAGUUUACACUUCUAAUUGUUCCUGACGAAGGGUACUGGAUGGGAGGUCGAUUUUACUUCCAGAUUUAUAUACCUGAAGAUUAUAAUAUGGCUCCACCAAAAGUUAAUUGCUUAACAAAACUGUGGCAUCCUAAUAUAAGUGAAGAUGGUGACGUAUGUCUUUCAAUAUUAAGACAAAGUAGUAUAGAUGGAAUGGGAUGGGCACCAACACGUAAACUUCAGGAUGUUGUAUGGGGCUUAAACUCCCUUUUCACUGAUCUUUUAAAUUUUGAUGAUCCCUUGAAUAGAGAUGCAGCUGACCUUUUCAUAAAAGAUAAGGAAUCGUUUCGAAGUAAGGUGAAAGAUUAUGUUAUGCAAUAUGCAAAGAGAUGAUUCGAAUCGUACAAUAAUAUUAUAAUAAUGUAAUUCUACACUUAUGGAAUUAAUUAUUCGAGUUAGGCAAACAUUCGAAAUUUGAUCGAAAGAUUUUCUAUAUUUCAAAGUGACAUCAACCAAUUCGUAUUUAAUAUUUUGCUACUAGUCUUCUCAUUCUAGGGAGAUUGUGUUUGUUAUACUUCCGUUUUGUUAAUUGUACGCAGCUUUCGAUUGUUAUGAUACUUCAUUGCAGUUAUGAUACAAUUUAACAUACAUGUAAUUAUCGGUACCAGGAACGAAGACAGAGAAUGUGUCAUUUGUACAAUAUGCUUGUCCUCUUUAUAGAGCAAUAUAAUGAUGGAAGAUAAUUUGUAAAUAAAUUCCAUAUUUAAUAACGAGACCUUCAAUUGCGUUA